AUGCUGGAAGUCCGCUACGAAAACAAAAAGCUCAUUGUCAAGGCUCAUCUCGACGCUCUUUUCGCCCUCGAACCGCUAAAAAAGGAGAACUACAACGGUCUGAACUUUCUCAUCAGCGAGUUUGAGAAGAAUUUGAUGAUGUUGCAGAAAAUCGGCGAGCAUACGGAGUCUUGGAGUACAAUACUAGUCUACAUGUUGUGCGCUAGACUAGAUUCUGCAACAUUGCGCCAAUGGGAGACGCAUUACGGGUCUAAGGAGGUCCCAACGUACGAAGAGCUGCUACUGUUCUUGCAAGGACACUGCUCAGUUCUUCAAUCAAUCACCUCUGCAAGAAGUCCACCAUCCGAAGCACGUCAGACAAGAUCAACAGUUUGCCAUACAACCAUCCGAUCGGAUUCACGAUGCCCGUUCUGUACCGAAUCAUGGCACUCACCGUUUCACUGCCAGAGAUUCCUUCGAUUGAAGAUAUCAGAACGUGUUCAAGCCGCCAAUCGAAGUCGAGUCUGUCGAAAUUGUCUACAGCCUGGACAUUUUGCGACAAACUGCACUCGUAGCAAUUGUCGAUUAUGUCAACAGAAGCAUCACACUAUGUUGCAUGCUACGCGAUCCUCCGUUCCGAAUCCGUCGGAUCCGAGACUCAGUCAACAGUCAAUUGCACAACCCUCUAAUGAAGAAAGCACCCAUAUUUGUCCACAGCAAGCUUAUCAACAGCAAAGUCACACCAUGCCAAUAGUUACGGAAACACACACUCAAACUCAAAAUGCAACACACAAUUCACCAAAUACAAGCACACGAAACGAUUCGCCAACGCCAAGCACGAGCCAAAACUACGUCGCACUACCUGUUAAGUCUGCUUCGAAUAUUCUGCUCCCUACCGCUCUUGUAAAGAUUAAGGACCGUUACGGUACCGCUCAGAUUGCUAGAGCCUUGUUAGAUUCUUGUUCGCAACACUGCUUGAUGUCCCAAGAGUUUUCUAGAAAGCUGAAGUUGAAAGAAGCGCCUACAUAUUUGUCAGUUCAGGGUAUUGGGUCGUCUCAGUCGGUUUCGACGAAGUCCAUACAUGCUGAAGUCUGUCCACGUUCACCAAAAAUAUCUAAUUUCCAAGAAACUAUGCAAUUCUUCGUGUUACCUAACCUUACACUACAUCUACCUUCGACGUCGUUUGAUCCUCCGGUCAUGUCGCUUCCCGAUUCUGAAUCGUUAGCUGAUCCUUUCUUCCACGAGUCAAAGCCGAUUGAUGUCAUCAUUGGUGCCGAGUAUUACUUGGACUUGUUGAAGGAUGCACCAAGAAAGGUCACUAAGAAUGGUCCCACGCUCCAAAAUACAGUGUUUGGUUGGAUUGUGUCAGGUCGAAUGGUAGAAUCUCAUCACCACGUUUCCCACACUAUGAUCUGUUCUACAAGCAACUACAAAAAAGACUUAGACGAUUCCAGAAGCUGGAAACAUGUUGGACUACGAACACCAACUCCAUGGAAGAAUCGAUAUGCGAAAAGAUUUUCCAUGAGCCCACAGUCAGAAAUGAAUCAGAACGUUUGGUCAGAACCCUACCCAAGAAUGAAUCAGUUUCGUGUCAGAAAUUAUUUGUGUCAGCAACCCUUACCGAAGCCAACCUAG